AUGGAUAGCGCGUCCAAGCCGGUGACCACUAUGCACAACAAGUCAACUGAAGAGGUGGUCGAUUGCGUUUAUGUUACUGGAGGUGACCGCAAGCCCAUCGCCGACGUUGACGAUGCCGAGAAACAUACUGAAGACCUGGGCUCCCCUCCAUUCGACUUGGUGUACAGCUCCAACGAGAGUGCGCGGGUCCGAUGGAAGCUCGAUCUAAUCCUCCUUCCUUUGAUGGCAUGCACGUAUAUACUCAACUAUAUGGACAAGGUUGCCUUAUCCGAAGCCUCCAUAUUCGGCAUCAACAAAGACCUGAAUCUCGUUGGGCAGCAAUAUAGCUGGUCAUCCUCCAUCUUCUUUCUAGGAUAUCUGGUCUGGCAGUAUCCUAGCUCACUCUUAAUGCAGAAGCUUCCCAUAGGACGAUACUUUGGUGUCAUGAUAUUUCUCUGGGGUCUCGCUGCAACCACAACGGCAUUCACGAAAGGGUUUGCGACGCUUUGUGUCAACCGUGUCUUCCUUGGAGUCUUCGAAUCAUGCAUGUCACCUAUUCUGACAAUUCUCAUUUCUCAAUACUGGAGCCGAGAAGAGCAACCGCUUCGAACGUCCUUGUGGUGGUCGUCCAGUGCUGUCGGUGCCUUCAUCGCGGAUGCCAUCACCUACGGAGUUUCAGGAAAAGAACAUUCGGUUUCCAAAUACGCAAUCUGGCAGAUUAUUUAUCUCGUCUUUGGGCCAUUGACUCUAUUUUGGGGAGUUAUCAUCUUUUUUGCCGUGCCAUCGUCGCCUAUGACAGCGUGGUUCCUCAACAAGAGGGAAAGAAAGAUCGCCACAGCCCAAGCCAUGAAAAAUCAUACCAGCAUCAUAAACACCGACUACAAAUGGUGCCAGGUCCGAGAAUGCUUGAUUGAUCCCCAGCCGUGGAUAUUAGCCAUACAUGCCUUCCUUCAAUCCUUGCAGGGAGGAGGUCUAACAGCGUUCUCCAAAAUUGUUUUAACGGAGACUCUUGGCUACUCCAGCCGCCAGGCUACUUUAAUGGGCAUGCCAUCUAACGCCAUCCACUUUUUUUCGGUGGUCCUUGCUGGCUGCUUCUGUAGCCGUUUCAAGAAUACCAGGUGCUACGUCAUGAUCGCCACGAACAUUAUCGUCUUGAUUGGCGCGGUGUUGGUGGGCAACCUUCCGGAAUCUAACCACAGCAGUCGACUUGCGUCUUUCUACAUCAUCUAUGUCAACACGGUCCCAUUCGGCCUGGGCAUGAGCAUACUUUCCUCUAAUGUUGCAGGCUUUACCAAAAAGUCCACCGCAAGUGUCAUGAUGUUUCUGGGGUAUUGCCUCGGUCAAUUUACUGGACCCCAGUUCUUCAUCAGCACCGAGGCCCCGCAGUUCCAGAGGGCUUUUAGAGCCUUUUAUUCCUCCGUAUCCGUGAUGAUUACCUUGGAGAUUGUACUGAUCAUCUAUGUCAAGUAUCAAAACUGUCGUCGGGACCGACUUCAGGCAGAGGACAACCGCAGUGUGCAUACUGCCGAGGAUGAUUUGGACUUGACUGAUUGCCAGCAACCCUCGUUCAGGUAUAUUUGGUAA